AUGAGUAGAAACCAUGAUGCGUCUAUCAAAGAUUUGAAGAUGAAGAUUGGUCAAUUAUCUAGACAAGUAGCUGCUUUUUCGAGCUCAAAUGGAGGAUUCACCGGUAACACCGUUGAUAAUCCUAAGAAUGAAAGAUGCAAGGUUAUGGAUACAUGUUUAAGGGUGAUUAUUAAAAAGGAUAAAGAUCAUAUAUUUAAAGAAGAGGCAUUACUAAAACAUCAAUCCUUACCAGCAAAAUUAAAAGACCUAGGUAAGUUUACUAUUUCUUGUAAUAUCGGUGGAAUGAAUAUUCUUCAUGCUCUAUGUGAUCUGGGAUCUAGCAUAAAUGUCAUGCCACUGAAAACUGUAAAAGAAUUGAAAGUGGGUGAGAUCACACCGAGUAACAUGUCUCUCACUCUAGAUGACUUGUCUAUUACUCAACCGAUUGCUAUUUUACGUGACAUGUUAGUACAUGUCGUCGACUUAGUGUUUCCUAUAGAUUUUGUAGUGCUUGAUACAAAAGGAAAUUCAAGAGGAUAUGUUAUUCUCAGACGAACAUUCUUGGCAACUGGGAAAGUGAAGAUUGAUGUAGAAAUGGGUGGACUUAUCUUGAAGUUCAAUAAAAGGAAGGUAGUUUUCAAGGUAUGA